AUGGCCACGCUGCAAGGGUCCCCGGAAUCCGGGGAGGGGAGGGUUCUCUCCCACGACUUCCAUCCGCACACAAUCAAAGGUCCACGAUUGCCAUCCAAGAACUUUUUCCAACCUCCCGCCGCCGACAAUUCCACGCCCAUCGCAAACGACCAAAUAAAACACCAAAAAAAAACACCCUCCCGUCAAUCCUUUAUCCUAAAUAAUCCGCCCAUCAUGCCAGGUGUUUCCGUCCGCGAUGUCGAUGCCCAAAAGUUCAUCGAGUCCUACGCCGCCUUCCUCAAGCGUCAAGGCAAGCUGGCCAUCCCCGGCUGGGUCGACACCGUAAAGACCGGGCACUUCAAGGAGCUCCCCCCCCAGUCCCCCGACUGGUUCUACGUCCGCGCCGCCGCCGUCGCGCGCCACGUCUACCUGCGCAAGUCCGUCGGUGUCGGCCGUCUCCGCAAGGUCCACGGUGGCCAGAAGAACCGCGGCUCGCGCCCCUCCCACCAUGUCGAUGCCUCCGGCUCCGUCGACCGCAAGGUGCUCCAGGCCCUCGAGAAGAUCGGCGUGGUCGAGCUUAACCCCAAGGGUGGGCGCAGGAUCUCACAGACUGGCCAGCGUGAUUUGGACCGUAUUGCUCAGACUACCAUUGAGGCCGAGGAGGAGGAGGAGGAAGAGGACCCAAAACCCCACAUUCUUGUGAUCCAGUCACCUGACCCCACUUCAACCCUUACCCUGACCUACCGCAAAAACCUUCAAAACCAUGGCCACCCUGCGCACGCCGCUGCUCCGCCUGUCCCUCCCCCGCGGCCCCGCCGCCGCCCCGCGUAUCUUCCACCGCCUCAACAGCAGCGACACCCCCCCACCCCACCACCCACCACCCCGCAGCCCCGCACACUCGAGGGCUUCCUCGGCGGCGACAGCAGCGCCCUCAGCCGCACGCGCAUCCAGCGCGCCACGGCCGCCGCUGAGACCCCCGAGUUCCCCAGCUUCACGGGCAGCGACUCGUUCCUCGGCAGCGGCACAGGCAUCGAGGAUAACCUGCACCACCUCAAUGUAUACGCCACAAAGCACAACACGCACAUCACGUUCACGAAGCCCAACAAGGACGUGAUCCUGACGCUGUCGUGCGGGAAUGUCGGCUUCAAGAAGGCGAACCGCGGCACGUUCGAGGCCGCGUACCAGCUCGCCAGUGUCAUGUUUAGUCGCAUGGAGGAGCGUGGGCUGCGCCCGAAGCACCUCGAGGUGGUGUAUAGAGACUUUGGGCCGGGGAGGGAUGCGUUCACGAAGGUGCUGUUGGGGAAGGAGGGGAAGAGUAUUAGGGAGAGUGUGGUGAGGGUGACGGAUGCGUCGAGGUUGAAGUUUGGAGGGACGAGGAGUAGGGCGAUUAGACGGUUGUAG